UCCCCUUCCGUGGAAAUGGAGGCAGGCGGCGCUAGCUCAGAGCGGAGGAGGAGGCGGAGACGGAGGAGCGUGGGCGAGGACGACGGAGGAGGCGCCGACCGCAUCAGCGACCUCCCCGAUGCCGUCCUCGGCGACAUCGUCUCCCUGCUCCCCACCAAGGAAGGCGCUCGCACCCAAAUCCUCGCGUCCCGGUGGCGCCACCUCUGGCGUUCUGCCCCUCUCAACCUCGACUGUGGUGACCUCGCCCAUUGGCGCCCUGAGCACGCCGCAGGUGUGGUAUCACGCAUCCUUUCCUCCCACCUCGGCCCUUGCCGCCGCUUCUGCGUCUUUGGCAUCGGCACCCAAACCGAUCUCACCAUCAACACCUGGCUCCGGUCCCCUGCUCUGGACAACCUCCAGGAGCUUGAGUUCUACCAAGGCCAGGAGAUGCCGCUGGCACCGAUCUUCCGCUUCUCGCCCACCCUCCGCAUACUCAGUAUUGGAGGCUUCCUCCUCCCGGAUGCCACUGCGCAAGGGCUUCAAUUCCCCCAUGUUAGGCAGCUCAAACUUGUAUUUGCCACAAUCUCGGACUGCUCGCUGUGUAGCCUCAUUGACGGGUGCCCCGCCCUCGAGUUCCUGAUGAUGAAAGAAUGCGAAGGCUUUCUCCGCCUCCGGAUCAACUCCCUUACCCUUAGAGGCAUUUGUCUUGAUAAUUAUGGAAACCAGCGAUACAAUGUCCAGUUAAAUGAACUCAUCAUCGACAAUGCCCCUUGCCUUGAAAGGUUGCUCCUUCAUUUCAGAACUUGUGUAAACAUAUCGGUACUUGCGGCGCCUAAACUGGAGACAAUAGGCUUCCUUUCUGAUCACAGUGGUAUGUCCAGUCAGGAUCAACUUAAUCGGCUCGUCUUGGGCUCCACAGUUAUUCAGGGAUUGCACAUUGAUAAGCUGGCAACGGUGAUGUGCACGGUCAAGAUUUUAGGUGUACAGAUGAAAGCUCUUAGUUUGGAUAUGAUUAUUGAAUUGAUGACAUGCUUUCCGUGCUUGGAGAAGCUGUACAUUUGGGCAAGUAAGUCAGGGCCAAAGAAUUUGUGGCGUCGUAAAAACCAGAAUCUAAUCAAAUAUCUUGACAUCUCUCUGAAGACAAUAGUCUUGACAUCGUAUAGUGGCAUCAAAUCCCAAGUUAACUUUGUUACAUUCUUUGUAUUAAAUGCAAGAGUGCUAGAGUCAAUGACACUUGGUGUUGAUUCCAAGCAUUACAGUGACGAGUUCUUGGCAGAACAACGUAUGAAGCUUCAACUGGAGAAUAGGGCUUCAAGAUGUGCUCGGUUUGAUUUUACAACUGAGCAAUCCAUCCGCUAUUACUGGUGUAUGAAUGAUGUCCGUGAUUUGGAAAUUGAUCCCUUUGCACAGCGGUGUUGACAACCUUUGUUUGGUCCAUUUAGGAGUUACUCUUGGCUCUCAGCUUAUUAGUUAUGGUGUUUGUAGUUUCUUAAGUUUGUAUUAUCCUGGAACCUUGUGACUUUAAAUGAGCUAUCUAUGUUGUUUGUGCGA